AAAGACGAUGUUAAAAUGGAUAUAUUAUACAUCAUUACUUUAGUAUUAUUUUUAGAAACUGUUUAUUGUAACAUCGACAGUAAAUUGUAUUAUUAUGAAACUCUCAGCAAGGUUACGGAAAUAAAACGUGUGAGACGCAGUCUAGAUGGCAGCACUACAACAACAACAGAUAAAGAUAUCAAAUUUAACGCUUUCGGCAGGUCAUUCGAACUCAUACUAGAAAAUAAUGCUGAUAUUUUAUCGCAAGAUUUCAAAGCUGUGUUGAUUCGUAAAGAUGGCAGUUCAACUCGCGUCAAUGUCCGUAAAAACGAGUUGUUUCGAGGACAUUUAGCAGGUGAAGGAGACUCGUUAGUAGAUGCUACGAGAGAGGAUGGAAUCUGGAUAGCAAAUAUUUACACUAAACAAGAUUCAUAUCAUAUUGAGCCAUCGUGGCGCCAUCUACCAAUAUCAGGAGAUUAUUCAUACAUAGCUUAUAGAGGUUCUGAUAUUAAACGCAAUAUUUCAUUCCCUACUCCUCAUCAACGACAGAAUAUGAGAAACAUUCCCCGGAGAAAGUUAUGUGAAGGUAUCCAUGUUGAUGUAAAUCCAGAUGAUAUAAUUGAUGACAGAGAGACCGAUGUUAAUAAAACUAAAGCUGUUCACCACAGGAAAAAGCGACAAGGAAUUUUAUAUGGUGCCAACUCCUGUCAACUGUAUGUUGUUGCAGAUCAUUUAUUUCAUAGUGGUAUUGGUAGCAGUCGUCCUCAUACCACUGUUAAUUAUCUGAUAAAUACGUUCCAAGCGGUAGAUAGUAUAUUUCGUUCUACUCUAUGGGAUAAACAGACGGACAUGAGAAAUAUUGGAUUUCAGCUUAAAGAGAUGAAGAUACAUGAACAAUCAACACAAGUCGAUUCUGGUGAAUCUCACUACAAUAUGCACAAAUCAACACAAUGGGAAACUCGCGAUCUACUAGAGAUAUUUAGUCGAGAGAAUUAUCAUCAGAACUUUUGUUUGGCCCAUUUGUUUACAUACCAGAAGUUUAAAGGAGGUGUACUGGGGUUAGCUUAUAUAGCAUCACCACGACGACGUACAGUAGGAGGAAUCUGCUCUCCCUCCUACGUUAAAGAUACGAUACGAUUAACAUUAAACAGUGGUUGGUCGAGUUCCAUGAACACAAACGGUGAUCGUCUAUUAACACAGGAAGCCAACCUUGUUACAGCUCAUGAAUUGGGUCAUAAUUGGGGAAGUGAACACGAUGCUGAAACGAGUGAGUGUGCUCCGUCAUCUAUAACAGGUAGCGGCAAAUAUAUCAUGUAUCCCUACGCCGUGGAUGGGUAUGAAGAUAAUAAUAGGAAAUUUUCUCCAUGUAGCCAGCGUUAUGUUUUCGAUGUUUUAAAAUCCAAAGCUAGUGUCUGUUUCACAGCUCAGACGAAGAGUACACCGUAUUGUGGUAAUGGUGUACUAGAUACUGGGGAGGAGUGCGACGGAGGUAAAACAGGGAAGGAGGAUAAAGAUGCGUGUUGUACUCCAGAUUGUAAACUUAAAGGAAAUGCUAUAUGCAGUUCUAUGAAUUAUGAGUGUUGUAAAGAUUGUAAGAUUGCACCUGUUGGAACAAUAUGUCGUCAAACAUAUACUGGAAGCUGUGAGAAACAGGCAGCAUGCAAUGGAACAAUGGAUUGUCCAAAGUCUGAACCUGCAGAUGAAGAUACAGAUUGUUUAGAAGGGGGAAAGUGUAGAAAUGGUAAGUGUGUAUCAUAUUGUGAGAGAGCAAAGCCAAGUAAAUUACCCUGCAGAUGUCAAAAUGAAGCAGAUGCAUGUUAUAGAUGUUGUAAGUCACGUAAAUCGGGUAAAUGUGAACGGUUUGGUGAUGAGAUUCUACCUGAUGGAAGAGCCUGUUACCGUGGUUUCUGUAAGAGUGGACAAUGUAAAAAGAGCGAACAAAAUCUGGUUCAACGUUUGUUCUCAUUUAUAGAAAAAUUAACUCCCAAUGCAUUCGUUGAGUUCAUGAAGAGUAAUAUAGUGGGGACGAUUAUUAUAUUCUCUAUGGUAAUAUGGAUUCCAGCUAGUUGGACAUUUAGUUGUAUAGUAAGUAUUAUUAUAUUCUCUAUGGUAAUAUGGAUUUUGUAA